AAUUUGAUGAAUUAUACGGACAGUUAACUAGUGAAAAAUACAGAUUAUUACAUCAAGAAAUUUUAAAUGAAGAAUCUCAAGUUGGUAUCUUUAUAAAUACAAAAAUUAGGCUUUUGAUUUGUUGUGACUUUUGUGGAAAGUAUCGUUGCAUUUAUAGUAAUACAGCUUUAGGUGAAGAAGAUUCUCAAACAGUUGUGCAAUAUUUUGAAAAUAUAUCCUAUAGUUGUGGAUCACCAAUUCUUCCAGACAGUCAUCCGCUUUUUAAUCAACUUCAUAUACACCAAAAUAUUACUUGUGAUUCACCUAUUGAACGAAAUUAUUAUUCAAGCCGUUUGAAAGAUGUUGAUUUAUGUUACUGGUGUGGAGCUGAAGAUGGUAUUAUUGAUCCAUCUGAUGAGUUAAAAUCAGAAUUUAAAACUAUCUAUCCAUUAUGCGCUUCAUGUUAUGCUAAUGGCCAUGAAUGGUCUACUCGUGCACCAAUUGUAUUUCAAGCGAACAAAAAAGUUC